AUGCCCAAUGAGAUUUCCUCUCGAGCUGAAUUUACAAACUUUGUUUGCACAUCCAUGAAUAAGGACUUUGCCGACUUUGAUUAUUGUGUUCUGAAGGCUGUGAAUCGAACUUAUAAAUAUGUUUCCAUGAAGUUAACUCUCUAUGAAAAGCCCCUAAAAAGUCUGAGGGUGAACUUUGCGCUAUAUAAGAGGGCUAAUGGAUAUAAACCAUUUUUGUACAACCAAACUGUAGAUGGUUGUAAAUUUUUUAAAAAUCCAAAGUCUAAUAUUGUCACACAAUACUUUUUUGGUUUCAUUAAGGAGAUUACCAAUUUGAGUCAUCCGUGUCCCUACAAUGAAGAUUUUACUAUGGAAAAGCUCUCGCUUGAGAUGGUCAACUAUCGAAUAACGAAUUUGCUUCCCUUUCCGGAAGGUGAAUACAUGUUUCAGGCAAUUUGGACCGGCAACAAUAAAGGGUCCGUCGUUUUCAAACUUUACAUACAACUAACUAACUUUUAA